AAGGAAAUAAAAGCUAUACGAAGUGGGAGAGAGUCAGCAUCCCCUGUUGGUCGGAGUUUGCCCUCCCCGCCGAAAAUGGCAACGUCGAAGCUCUGUACUCACCUUCGCCGUCUUCGUCCAUCUCGUUUUUACUCCAUCUCUUCCCUUUCUUCUCCUCUGCCCUUUCGACUUCACGAAGCUCACACACUCUCAAGCUCUCACCAUCAACCAUUCACCACUCCCUCCCAUCGUUUUGAUCCUCAUAUAAGCUCCCUUAGUGCUUUCACCGCAUUCUCCUCUCGGUCCUUCUGGACUCGUUCAAACGACGAUUCAGAGUUCGACCGGAUUGCCCAUUACGGUGUUGAAUCAAGCCACCUCUCGAACGACGAUACGGGAAUUCAAGACUUGGAACUUGGAGGAGUUGUUGAAGAAGUCAUUGGUGCGACUGCGGUGGAGAAUUCGAUUUUACCAAUUCAGCAACUUACUUCGAUUCUGGAUGGGUUCCAUCAGUAUACCGGUAUGCCCUGGUGGGCAGUUAUUGCUUCAUCAACUUUAGCUCUCAGAUUUACGUUGCUUCCCAUACUCAUUGUUCAACUCAACAAGUUGAAAAGGAUUGGAGAAUUAUUUCCAAAGUUGCCACCUCCACUGCCACCACCUCUUUCGGGACGGAGUUACAUCGACCAAAUUUCUCUUUUCCGAAAAGAAAGAAAGGCAAUUGGAUGCCCCUCAUUUCUGUGGUUCGCUGCAUACUUUUUCAUUCAGGUCCCAUGCUUCCUAUUGUGGAUGGUUACUAUCCGCAAAAUGUCACUUGAUCACUAUCCUGGAUUUGACUAUGGUGGAGCUUUAUGGUUCCAAAAUCUGACAGAGUAUCCACAUGGAGUUUUUGGCCCCAUAUUUCCAUUUUUAAUUGCCAGCUUGCACUUCAUUAAUGUUCAGUUGUCUUUCAGAAAAUCAUCAUUGGAAAAAGAAACUGGCAUAAUUGGGAUUUUAGCAAAAUACUACAAACUCUAUUUGAAUCUACUGACUGUACCACUAUUUUUUAUUGGUUACUGUAUUCCACAGGGUAGUCUAGUUUACUGGGUUACGAAUAGUUCGUUCACUGCAAUUCAGCAAUUAACUCUCCAACAUCCUGCUGUCCGCAGUAAAUUGGGAUUGCCUUCCAGGGAUGCUCCUGUGGGCACUACAACUCUCAGAGAAACCAAUAAUCCAGGCAAAAUACCGUUGGAGACAACCACUAAGUGGAAAAAAAUUUCUGUAGAGAAGCUGUCUCCUAAGGAAUUGCUUGCUCUUUCUGUCCAACUCCUAUCAAAAGGGCAAAAAGAAAAGGCUAUUCCUUUACUGCGACAGGCACUUAACAAGGAACCUGAGUAUGUUCGAGCUUUGGUUGUCAUGGGGCAAACUCUGUUACAAAAUGCACAACCUGCAGAGGCUACUGUAUACUUAGAGCGUGCAAUUUCCAAGUUAUUUCUUUCCGGUCAUCCUACGGAAGUUGAGGGUGUAGAUCUUCUAAUUCUUGCAUCCCAAUGGGCAGGUGUUGCCUUUAUAAGGCAGGGGAAAAUGGUAGAAGGCAUUGCUCACCUAGAAAGAGUUGCUAAUUUGAAAGAGCCAGAAGAACCAAAAAGCAAAGCCCAUUAUUAUGAUGGAUUGGUUCUGCUAGCAAGUGCUCUAUACAAUGAAGGUCGCAAGGCUGAAGCUACCAAAUACUUAAAGUCAGCUGUAGCUUAUAAUCCUGCCUACAAAGAAUACUUGGAUCAAUGCGAGGACGACAAUGAUAAAUUAGUUGGCGAUCUUGUCAGCAGUAGGAGAGGAGAUUAUUGAUCGCUCCCUUUCAAAAACAAGGCCGACUUGCCUUUCAUGUUACUGAUAAGUAAUCCAUCAGAGGAAAUCCACAGUUUAUAUAGGCAUUCGACUGAUUUUUGGUUUGUUACAAGGAUCGUUUGGACAAGUUUCAACAGAACUAAGGUCUCCAAUAAAGGACAAACACUGUAGCUGAUGGCAUCGUAUCUCACAUUUAAUUGGGUAGCUAACUUCCCUGUAGUUUACUUUGAUUCAAGUAAAAUAUUGUUUUAUAGUUAGAAUGAAAUUAAAAAAAAAAAGAAGAGGUCCAUUAAGUAUUGCGAACGAUCAUUGGGAACAAUAUCUUUUAUUGUUAUAUUCUUAUUAAAGUUACAUUUUUUUCCACAAAAAAAAUAAUUAUAUUCUUAUUUCUUAUUGAAGUUUUAGAUGAGAUGUAAACUACAAUUAUGAAAUGUAUGGUGCAUUUAAUAUUCUUAAGCUGACAUGCGUUCAGUUUGAACUUU